AUGGGUUUACUUGAGUCUCUCGAUGCCGGCCUCGGGGACCUGGCAGGGCAAUGGAACAUUUACUCCACCGGAAUCGUGACGGUUCUGAUCGCCCUCGUUGGGUACCGAGUUCUCACUGCGACGGAGCCAGAUAUCCACCCAAUGCUCCUCGCCAGGCAGUCGCUGGCAUCGCCAGUGCGCCAGGAGGGUGAGAGUCCCGUGUACCGCUCGCAAGCUGCCCCUCAUGGGAUGCCUCUGAACAGCGGCCUGGGGGUCAAGGAUCCUGGUGCGUCAAAGUGGACCAGAGGUCGCGAUGGCGAUCUGAGAGAUGUGUGGAGGAAAGCGGUUGCAGGGAGCGAGAGUGGCGCCAAAGGCCAGUUGUGGACUGUCCUUGGAUCCCAACGAAAGAUCGAGCACAAGCUAGAGGAUAUUACCCGUCAGAUCAAUCUCAUUGGACAACACAUUGCCGAACAGGGAGGCAUCAGGGUUGCCAUCUACUUGCCCAACUCUAUCGAGCUCCUUGUUACACUCUUCGCCUGCAGCUUUUAUCCCAACCUGACGACCAUUCUGAUCCCCUUCGACGUGUCCAAGGAUGAGCUUGUCUCCAUGCUGCGUCGUUCUGCCGCCGAUACAGUGGUCACAGCCCCCGGCGCUUUCCCCUUCGAUACUGUUGUCGCAGCAUACCCGGCCCUAAGGCAACUCAUCUGGGUUGUCGACGAGGGAAGCAGCCAUCUCGACUGGAAUGAGGUCCCUGAGGGCACGGGCGGCAGCGUGAACGUCGCAACCUGGCAGGACAUUGUCAACGACGCCCCAGCUGACGCUGGCCGCGAGCUGCCUCCUUUGGACUCGGACCCAAGCAAGGUCCCCAAGGACGUUGUGGUAUUCUGGCAGACUAAAUCCGGUCAAAUUGAAGAAAUGAUUCGCUUCAGCCAAGGCAAUCUAGUCUCUGGUAUCGCCGGGCAACUCGCCAGUCUCCCGCCCAAGGCGCGCCUUGGUCCUACUGACGUAUUCCUACCUGCCACUUCUCUUGCGAAUGAGCACACCCUAACCUUGACACUGGCCGCACUCUACUCAAAUGCCUCCAUCGCUUUGAACUCGGUUGCCGGAAAGUCUACCGACCUGGUCCUUGCUACGCAGGGUAUUGCUCCCACUGUAAUUGUUGCUGCCCCUGAGACCCUUCUCAAGUCGCACAAGGAAAGCACCAGCAAGCUUGCCGGCCUUGGUAAUCUCUCCCAUACGCUGGCUACUCGCCAACUUGCCCUAGAUGGCGUGUUCUCGACCUCAAACGCUUUCUCCGGAUUCAGUGCCGCGUCCCGUCCCACCAUUGGCGCUUCUUCCCCAUCCCUUCGUCUCAUCUAUGUCGCGGAGCGGGCCGGGGCCAGUACCCCUCACCUGUCUUCCCAAGUACUAUCCGAUCUGCGAAUCUUCACAGGCGCACGAGUCAUUUACGCCUUGACAGCGGCCAAGGUUGCCGGCGCUGUUGCCCAGACGGCAUUUUUCGACUACCGGGUUGAUGCCGACGGCACGGGCCACUUUGGGGCACCUCUCACCAGCGUUGAGGUGCGCCUCAGAGACUCUGGGGCUCUACGAACUACCGACGAAAAGUCCCAGGGCGAGAUCAUUGUCAACGGACCCGCCGUGUCUGGUGGUGAAACCAGCCUUGGUGUGAACGGGAGGAUUAGGGGUGACCAGACCUUGGCAUAUGCAUAA